CCGCCAUGCAGAUCGCCCACGGCUACUGUCCUGGGAGCCCCCCAGACGCAGGAGACGGGCAAGGGCUGGGCCUGUGUCGGGGCGAGGUGGACUUUGGAGGGUCCGGGAAGAAGCGGAGCAAGUUCGUGAAGGUGCCCAGCAGCGUGGCCCCCUCUGUUCUCUUUGACUUGCUGCUGGCUGAGUGGCACCUGCCGGCCCCCAACCUGGUGGUGUCCCUGGUGGGUGAGGAGAGGCCUUUUGCCAUGAAGUCCUGGCUGCGGGACGUCUUGCGCAAGGGGCUGGUGAAGGCGGCUCAGAGCACAGGCGCCUGGAUCCUGACCAGCGCUCUCCGUGUGGGCCUGGCCCGGCAUGUCGGCCAGGCUGUGCGUGACCACUCCCUGGCCAGCACGUCCACUAAGGUCCGCGUGGUGGCCAUUGGCAUUGCCUCGUUGGGCCGCAUUCUGCACCAUCAACUUCUAGAUGAUGCCCAGGAGAACACCCCCAUCCACUACCCAGCCGACGAUGGGGGCAGCCAGAGCCCCCUCUGCGCCCUGGACAGCAACCUCUCUCACUUCAUCCUGGUGGAGCCGGACACCCCAGGGAAGGGGGACGGGUUGGCAGAACUGCGGCUGAGGCUGGAGAAGCACAUCUCGCAGCAGAGGACCAGCUAUGGGGGCACUAGUAGCAUCGAGAUCCCUGUCCUUUGCCUGCUGGUCAAUGGUGACCCCAGCAUCCUGGAGAGGAUUUCCAGGGCUGUGGAGCAUGCUGCCCCCUGGCUGAUCCUGGCAGGCUCAGGUGGCAUCGCCGACGUGCUUGCUGCCCUGGUGAGCCAGCCCCACCUCCUGGUACCCCAGGUGGCUGAGAAGCAGUUUAGAGAGAAGUUCCCCAGUGAGCAUUUCUCCUGGGAGGCCAUCGUGCACUGGACCAAGCUGCUACAGAACAUCACCUCUCACCCGCACCUGCUUACCGUGUACGACUUCGAGCAGGAAGGCUCUGAGGACCUGGACACCGUCAUCCUCAAAGCACUGGUGAAAGCCUGCAAGAGCCACAGCCAAGAGGCCCAGGACUACCUGGAUGAGCUCAAGCUGGCCGUGGCCUGGGACCGUGUGGACAUCGCCAAGAGUGAGAUCUUCAGUGGGGACGUGGAGUGGAAGUCCUGCGACCUGGAGGAGGUGAUGAUGGAUGCCCUGGUGAGCAACAAGCCCGAGUUCGUGCGCCUCUUUGUGGACAGCGGUGCCAACAUGGCCGACUUCCUGACGUAUGGGCGGCUGCAGCAGCUCUACCGCUCUGUGUCCCCCAAAAGCCUGCUCUUUGACCUGCUGCAGCGUAAGCAUGAGGAGGGCCGGCUGACGCUGGCUGGCCUGGGUGCCCAGCACUCCCGGGACCUGCCUGCAGGGCCACCCACCUUCUCCCUGCACGAGGUCUCCCGUGUGCUCAAGGACUUCCUGCAUGAUGCCUGCCGCGGCUUCUACCAGGACAGCCGGGCAGCCGGCCGGAGGAAGGCGGAGAGGGGGCCGGCCAAGAGGCCCACCGGCCAGAAGUGGCUGCUGGACCUCAACCAGAAAAGCGAGGACCCCUGGAGGGACCUGUUCCUAUGGGCUGUGUUGCAGAACCGCCACGAGAUGGCCAAUUACUUCUGGGCCAUGGGCCAGGAGGGUGUGGCAGCAGCCCUGGCCGCCUGUAAAAUCCUCAAAGAAAUGUCCCACCUGGAGACAGAGGCAGAGGUGGCCCGCACCAUGCGUGAGGCCAAGUACGAGCAGCUGGCCCUGGACCUCUUCUCCGAGUGCUACAGCAACAGUGAGGACCGGGCCUUCGCCCUGCUGGUGCGCCGCAACCACAGCUGGAGCCGGACCACCUGCCUGCACCUGGCCACCGAGGCGGACGCCAAGGCCUUCUUUGCCCAUGACGGCGUGCAGGCGUUCCUGACCAAGAUCUGGUGGGGGGACAUGGCUGCCGGCACACCCAUCCUGCGGCUGCUGGGCGCCUUCACCUGCCCUGCCCUCAUUUACACCAACCUCAUCACCUUCAGUAAGGAAACCCCUCUGAGGACGGGCCUGGAGGACCUGCAGGAGCUGGACAGCCUGGACACAGAGAGGAGCCUGCUGUGUGGCUCGGGCAGCCGGGUGGAGGAGCCAGUGGAGACACCAAAGGGUGCAGGUGACCGAGGCCCGCAGGCUGCCUUCCUGCUCACACGCUGGCGGAAGUUCUGGGGGGCACCGGUGACUGUGUUCCUGGGGAACGUGGUCAUGUACUUCGCCUUCCUCUUCCUUUUCACCUACGUCCUGCUGGUAGACUUCAGGCCGCCUCCCCAGGGGCCAUCUGGGCCCGAGAUCACCCUCUACUUCUGGGUCUUCACACUGGUGUUGGAGGAAAUCCGGCAGGGCUUCUUUACCGAUGAGGACACACACUUAGUAAAGAAGUUCACUCUGUACGUGGAGGACAACUGGAACAAGUGUGACAUGGUAGCCAUCUUCCUGUUCACCGUCGGUGUCACCUGCAGGAUGCUAACCUCCUUAUUUGAGGCCGGCCGGACCACCCUUGCCAUCGACUUCAUGGUAUUCACGCUUCGGCUCAUCCACAUCUUUGCCAUCCAUAAGCAAUUGGGCCCCAAGAUCAUCAUUGUGGAGAGAAUGAUGAAGGAUGUCUUCUUCUUCCUCUUCUUCCUGAGUGUGUGGCUCGUGGCCUACGGUGUGACCACCCAAGCACUGCUACACCCCCAUGACGGCCGCCUGGAGUGGAUCUUCCGCCGCGUGCUCUACCGGCCCUACCUGCAGAUUUUUGGGCAGAUCCCCCUGGAUGAGAUUGACGAAGCUCGCGUGAACUGUUCCGUCCACCCCCUGCUGCUGGAGGACUCGCCCUCCUGCCCCAACCUCUAUGCCAACUGGCUGGUCAUCCUCCUGCUGGUCACCUUCCUGCUGGUCACCAACGUGCUGCUUAUGAACCUGCUCAUUGCCAUGUUCAGCUACACGUUCCAGGUGGUGCAGGGAAACGCCGACAUGUUCUGGAAGUUCCAGCGCUACCACCUCAUCGUGGAAUACCACGGGCGUCCGGCCCUGGCCCCACCCUUCAUCCUCCUCAGCCACCUGAGCCUGGUGCUCAAGCGCGUCUUCAGGAAGGCAGCCCAGCAAAAGCAGGAGCACCUGGAGCGAGACCUGCCGGACCCCCUGGACCAGAAGAUCGUCACCUGGGAGACUGUUCAGAAGGAGAACUUCCUGAGCAACAUGGAGAGGAGGAAGAGGGACAGUGAGGGGGAGGUGCUGCGGAAAACCGCCCACAGAGUGGACUCUGUUGCCAAGUACCUCGGGGGGCUGAGAGAGCAAGAAAAGCGGAUCCGGUGUCUGGAAUCACAGGUCAACUACUGCACGCUGCUCCUGUCCUCCAUGGCUGAUGUGCUAGCCCCAGGCAGCAACUACUGGAGCUCUCGGCAACGUGGUAAUGGGAGCCAGCAGGCCCCUGCUGGCCACGGAGAUGGCCCUGGUGGCAGAGAAUACCCAGAGGCUGGCCAGCCACCCUCAGACAACUGAGCUGCUUGGCCUGCCAUGCCACAGGCCCAACUAAGCCCAGGCCUGGCCCAUCACUGGUCAUCCUGGGCCUUGGGGACACAUUAACUUUCCCCCAUCUCCACUGGAGGUCCCAGAGCAAAGUAGCCCUCCCAGCCUCAUCAGAACACCUCUUCCUGAACAUGUCCCUGUGAAGAUGAAUCAUUCUCUCUUGACCUACCUGAGACCCCCAGCAGUAUUGGUGGCAGUGUCCCUCACAGGAUGAGUCCUCCAUGUCCCUGUUUAAGACCUGGCUGGCCUGGCUUGGACAGCCAGUUCUGGCCAAACCCCAGGAAGUUGGGGGUUCCUUCCAUCCAGGCUGGGCAGCUGCUUUGGGGCCUGCCCUGCCUCCACUUGUGUCAUCUGAUAAGAAACUAUCUUUUCCUGAAACGCCUGUGAUCAACAUCUCUACCCCUUAAGACACAAAGGGCCCCUUA